GCGUUGGCACAAAGAACAAAGCUCCCAUAGUAACAGGCUACUACGCAUGAAGAGUCAGAGGAGGCAGGGGGAGAGACGAGGCACCUUUUCAGUCCGUGAGGCCAGCUCCUUGUGAUACGUCGUGGGACAACUUCUGGCGAAGAAGGUCGACGGUUGAGACUCGCUCAAGAUGUGUACCACGCCCAUGUGGUUGGCCCUACUACUCCUCGUGGGCGUGAAUAGAGCUGCCGUCGUGGGCGAGGAUGAAGGCUCGUGGGCGGCGUGUGAAGAGGCGGUCUGCCACGAAGUUCUCCGGCAGACAGAAGGCCUCCACAGACUCAAGCUCCUCAGGGGAUACAUCAUCCAGACAAUGCGUCUGAUGGACAAGCUCGUGACCAGCAUGGACGAGGAGCUGGUUCAGGCGGGCAAGGGAAUGGCGGACUUCAUUGGGCCCAAGUGCGAGGGUUCUCACGCUUUCCUCAGAGACAUCAUUGCGACGUCAACAGAUGCUGAUCGGAGAGCUGUCAACGAGAACUUCUCGUCGACGUCACAGCGAGAGAACCUGAUCGAAGAUGACAGCGACGACGAUCGGUGGACCACACAGACUUCCUCCGCAACAUUUAGAGACGAGGAUGACUCACGAGAAGACGACCUCGAGCAGUCUUCCAGCUUCAUCAGCAGCACCAGCACGAGCACGAGCACGAGCAGCAGCAGCGGUCGCGACUUCAGCUCCCAGAGCACAACAAACAAAGCCAAUGCCUAUGGUAAUGGCGGUAAAGACUUAGGCGGAGGGCCAUCCCACGGCUCUCCAAGACCGCCGUACGUGCCCCCGGAGACACCAGGCGCCACAGACUGGAGGGGAAGAGGCAGCACAGAGGGAGGUCGUCAUACCUGGUCAGGGGGGAACAGAGGUCAUCAUGGCGAGUCAGGCUGGAGAGAAGGUCAUCACAGGGCUGAGACCACCACGGGCAGGAAGUAUUAUACCAACGCUGGCGGAAGUACUGGGUCAGGCUGGGGCGGUGCCAACGAUAGAAAUAGAGGUACUGGGUCAGGCUGGGGCGGUGCCAGUUCAGGAAGCACAGGAUCAGGCUGGGGCGGUGCCAGUUCAGGAGGCACAGGAUCAGGCUGGGGCGGUGCCAAUUCAGGAGGCACAGGGUCAGGCUGGGGUGGUGCCAGCGGGGGAAAUGAGUGUAAAGGAAUACCGCCUGGCUCUCCGAACUGGGUGCCGGGACUGGACCAGUGGUGUGCUCAGAACUGCCGUGCUGGUUACUGCCCCGAAGCUCAGUGUGUGUGUUAAUGCCCUGAAUCUUCACGUCGCAACCAUCUUUGUAUUUUCUCUUUCCAUCUGAAUGUGUUAACAAUGGUAUUUCAGUGGCAUUUUUAACAUGAUUUCAGUUAUUUUUUUUCAUUUUCAUUAUUUGUGUUGUAUUAUGAUUUCCUUAAUUUUCGAAUAUUGUCACAAAAUUUGUGGCAGAGAAGCAACACUUCAACCUGUUUUUGUGGUCUUUGUAUGUAGAAUAAAAGAACACUCAUAAA